AUGGCGCCAGGUGUUUUGAAAAAAGGCACUGUGAACGCUAACGGCGAGACGAAGAGGCAGCGCACAUCUUACACGCGUUACCAGACGCUGGAAUUGGAGAAAGAGUUCCACUUCAACAGGUACCUGACGCGGCGGCGACGCAUCGAAAUCGCGCACGCUCUGUGCCUCACCGAGAGGCAGAUCAAGAUCUGGUUCCAGAAUCGCAGGAUGAAAUGGAAGAAGGAGCACAAGAUGGCCAGCAUGAACAUAGUCCCAUAUCACAUGAGCCCGUACGGCCAUCCCUAUCAAUUCGACCUGCACCCCAGUCAGUUCGCGCAUCUGUCCGCAUAG